CAGUUACACAAUAUAGUCAUAUGUGAAUCAUCAUUCAUACUUUUCAAAACUGUCUAUGGGAAAUGAUAUUCAAUUGAAUAGUUAACUCAUCAACUGCUGAUCAUGCAAUGUUGUUCUUUUUGUCCAUGAAAAUCAAUCCUACAUAUUAUUGAUGAUGUUAAACACUUCAAACCCCCAAUCCUAUCGUUGUAUAUUAUACAUGACAGAUAAAUAGAUACCAUCCUAAGAUCUUAACUCUAAACACUUAGUCCUAAAACAUACCUUAAUCAUAUGGAAUAAGAUUUUAUGGAAGAACUAAUCAAAGAAUGCUACUUGGAUUCCAAUCAUAUAGCUAUAGAGCGUAUUUGGAUUACAUCCGAUGUCAGUUCGCAGUAAGAACCCUAGCUCUAAGCCCCCUAUCCCUACACUGAAUACUUAACUGUAACCAGGAACAGUGUGAGGACACCCAUAAAUCUAUUUGGGUCCUUCUGGAGCUUCAAAAGAACAAAUAAUUUUGAAGAACAGUACCACUAACGGUUCCAAUCCAGUUGUUAUAAUUCAAAUGUUAGAAAAAUAAUGCAGCGUAAUAUAAUGAGAAUUUUCCCUUCAGUAAUGCGGCAUCAUCAUAUAUAAUGCUUUGAUCAUUGUAAGAUGGAGAAAAGAAAGUAUUAAUAUUACUCAAUCAUUGAAUUGAUUUCAGAUCUGCAAAAAGAAGAAGAAGAGGAAGAUGGAGAAGUAGAAGAAGAAUGAAUACACCUUCAGGAAUACAUUUAAAAAAUGACAAUCAAUUAUUAAACUCUUAUUAUAGUUCAACUAAAAAUUCUUUAAUUCAUUCAGAUCAAAUAAUAGUUGAUUGUUAUAUGAAACAAAAUCUUCAAUCAAACUAUACACAUAAUUUUUAUAAUUCAGAUGAAUAUAAUAAUAAUAAUUAUUAUAAAAAAUAUUUUAAUAUUUCCGAUCAUUCUUUAGAACAUUUAAAUUCAUUAUCAUCCAUGGUUAAAAAUGUAAUGAUAAAUGUACCAAAUAAAAAUUUAUGCAUUCUAACAAAAAAUUAUGAUAAUCAAUCAAAAAAUAAUAUUGAUUAUUGUAAAAUUAAUUAUAAUUAUAACUUAAAGGAUAUUUAUAAUAAAACUGAUUCAAUACAUAAUUAUACAACAACAACAACAACCACCACCACGACAACAACAAUAACCGAUCAUGUCGGACAAUAUAGAAGAAAAACAAGGAAACCUUAUUCAAGAAAUCAAAUUAUGAUAUUAGAAAAAGAAUAUGCAGUGAUGCCAUAUAUUACUCGUCAAAGAAGGUGGGAAAUUUCCAAUAAAUUACAAUUAAGUGAAAGACAAAUAAAAGUAUGGUUUCAAAAUCGUAGAAUGAAAACAAAGAAAUUGAAAACUUUAUUAUAUUCCAACAAUGAAAGAACUUUACAACAAAACGAUAACAACAGUAAAAUUAAUCUUCAUGAACAACAAUAUUCAACAUUAUUUGAUAAACAAAAAUUUAUCAAGAUGACUAAUCAAUGGAAUAAUAAUAUUUCUACCAAUUCUGUUACAUCAUGUAUCCUUGAUUAUAAUUCUUUUGUUAAUAUUACUUAAAAAUAUACUUGGACUUAACAACAACAAAAAAAACCUUCGAGUGUAUUAUUGUUGUUUCCUAUGGUGAUUAUGAUAAACAAACCAAAAUUAUCAUGUUCAUUGUUGAAUAAUGUUUAAAUUAGUGACGGUUAACAAACUUAAACAAUAAAGUCUAAUGAACCAUUGAACAUUUAAUUCAAAAAUUACUAAACUUUAAAAUUUUAAUUUUGAUUUGGUUUAUUACAUUUUUAUGAUUAUACAAUAAAUAACAAAAUACUUUAGUCUCUUGAUAAAAUACAACAUUAAAA